AUGUCUUCCUCACGAGAAUCAACGAAUAAUUCGAAUAAUAACAAUUCAAAUUAUCAAAAUCGAUUAUCAAAUUACAACAAUGAUGAACAUCUAAAUCCACAAAGAUCAGGUCAUAUAUUUAACAACAGAGGACAAUCUUAUGAAAAUGAUUUAUUUCAACAAAUGUAUCCUUUUCAAAAUGCUGCUGAUGAAGAUUUACCAAAUGAAAUUGUUGCUGAAUUAGAUACAAGAAAUCGUAUACGAUCAAAUUUUAAUGAUGAAGAGACUUCGGUUUUUUCUGAUGUUGUACAAGAUGCUUUUAAAAAAUAUCAAAAUGAGCAAGAUGAAUUAUAUGCUCAAAUGGAAGAAUGUUGGAAUUAUAUGGCUACAGAAAAUAAAUCUUCUGAUACACCAAAAACUUCAAUAGAACAACCUCAACAAAGUCAACUAAAUCCGGAUGCAGUUGAAUUUAAACCAUCAUGGUUAAAAUCUUCAUCAACUACAACAACAAAUGAAGGAUCUUGUGUUAUCUUGACAUCUAGUCAACCUGAAGAAUCACAAAAAAAAGUUUAA